AGUUUUGAUUAUCUUACUUGAAGACAACAAGUCAACAACAAUCAGUUAAAUUGUUGUUUCUAUUUCUUUAAAUUGGUUAAUUAUUCAUUCAAUUAAACAAUUUCAAUACUAUUUCAUUGAAUUAACUGUUCCCUUUUUCCGGUUUUCGAGUUUAAUUGUUGUCGAAAUUGAAAACGCUUUUACCAGGAAAAUAUCGUCACGAACUAAAUCACUCGAAACAAUGGUCUCUAUUGAGGAAGCCAAGAAAAUCGUUGGUUCGUUUGUUGUUGAUGAUCUGCUAAAGGAUAAUAUGAUUCUCGGGAUAGGAAGUGGAUCAACAAUAAUUCCUGCAGUAGCCAAAAUUGCCGAGAAAGUAUCACAAUCUAAUUUAAAGGUUAAAUGUGUCCCGACAUCUUUUCAGGCUCGUCAAUUGAUUCUAUCAAAUAAUUUACCUCUUUAUGAUCUCGAAACUUGUCCAAAAAUUGAUCUGACAAUCGACGGAGCGGAUGAAGUGGAGACGAAAACUAAAUUCUGUAUCAAAGGAGGUGGUGGCUGCUUAUUGCAGGAGAAAAUUGUUGCUUCAGCUUCAACACAAUUAGCGAUUAUUUGUGAUUACACGAAAAUGAGUAAACAAUUAGGUGAAAAUUGGAAAAAAGGUAUUCCUAUUGAAGUGAUUCCAAUGAGCUAUGUUGUGGUCAAGAAUAAGAUUGAAUCAAAGUUUGGUGGUCAAGCCAAUUUGAGAAUGGCCAAAGCAAAAGCAGGUCCAUUGGUCACUGAUAAUGGUAAUUUCAUUCUCGAUUGGGUUGCUCCUUAUAAUCAAGAUUCUGCUACUCAAUGGGAUCAAAUUAAUCAAUCGUUGAUGAUGAUUCCUGGUUUAGUUGAGACUGGAUUGUUCAUAGAAAUGGUUGAUUUCGUUUACUAUGCUGAUCGACUUGGUGCUGUUCACAAGAUUUAGAAUUACAAUUUUUAGAUUGAUUGAUUUUUCUUAAACUCAUCUUUUUUCAUCUCUCUUUUAACCAACACUCUGUUUCCAUUGUACAGUCAAUGAAUAUUCAAUCUUUUGAUUGGGAUGUUAAUCUUAAUUGUAUCGAUUAAAAUCAAUGAUGAAAGGCAA